CGAAUAUAAUGUAGGUGUAUACCAGCUGGUGUAUACGCUAGAUUCGGGGUCACGAUGUUCCAUACAGAUGAUCUUCUCUCCACUUAGCCGGUGAUAUUUGCCGACGGCAUUGCCGUAGGUUUUAGGUUCGCCUUCUGAGGCUCUGCCGAUCAUCGAUGUGGUGUCCUCUCGCUAUGUAUGCACUCAUACUUGGCAAACUCCGUGAACGUUUCGUCGCUUGUCUUAACGACCGGUUGUUGCUAAUUCAUUAAUUGUGUCAUUGAGCUGAGAUUGUGAUUGAAGAAGUUGAAGAAUUUAAACUCGGGAUUUGAAUUGCAGAGAUAAGAGGUACAUACCUUAGGUACCUAACGAAUACCGAAAUAACCAAAGUUUUCGAUUACCGCAUAACUAGGUACCUAUACCUAACUAAGCAAUCUUACGCCAUGACCAAUCCCGGAAUGCUCUACGUUACUAUGCAGCCCAAGCCAGGGCUGCCGAUACACCAGUUUCAUGAAUGGUACAACAAUGAGCAUGGCCCUACGAGGCUCAGACUACCCCAGAUCUUCUCAAAUGGCCUCCGUUAUCGGGCGGCAGACGGAAAGGAGCCUGAGUUUCUAGCCGUCUACGACGUCGUGUCUAUGCCGCUCUUGGAGACGGAUACUUACACGUCUCUACGCGCGAAUAGAUCGCCUAGAGAAGCUGAAACUAUUGGCCAGGUCGAUGUGAAGAGGUGCUUCUGGGAUCUUGUCUCUGCAACCGAGUCUCCGCUCUUCGUCCCAAUCGAGCAGUUAACAGAUGACGAGGCCGAGGGCAUACUCCUACUCUCAUUGGAGUUCAAGCUUAGCGACACGGCAGAUGCCGAGAAAGGAAUCAGUAUGUGGCUCAAGGAGCACGUAUCUUCGAUAUCAAAGUCAGCCGGCUGGCUACGAUCGCGGGUCCUUAGGACGUCUAGCUUAGAGACUGGCUCGCCAAUCUCCUUUAUUGCGCUCCAUGAGUUCUCCAAGGCAGAGUUCGCAACAGCAACUCAUCUGCUUACAUCAUCCCCUCUCGAGUGGAAUGAUAUUCAAGAAAGGCAUGCAACAGUGAAUUCGCAACGACUGUAUGAGCUCUUCUACGUCUUCGGGCCGGCGUCGCGUGACUUAUACAAUUUGUCGCAUCUCGAGCCCUCUACGCCCGAUUUUGUAUCCCCAUACAAUAAGACUGUCACUUCAGCUGCCACUUCAACAAUCCUCUCGUACGUGACGGCUCCCGAUGGGCUCGAGAUUCCUUACGAGCUCGAAGGCAACCCGGAUCCCAAGGCGCCGGUUGUUGCCUUCUGCAACUCGCUGCUUACCUCGCAUCAUAUGUGGGACCCCUUCGUCAAGAUCCUGAAGGCGCAGAGACCGCAGUAUCGCAUUCUACGCUAUGACUUCCGCGGGCGACACGAGAUACCUUCCCCCCCUGUUCCCGCAACCUUAGACACGCUAGCAGACGAUCUCAGCAGCGUCUUAACUGCGCUGCGGAUCCCCAAGCUGGACACCUUGAUCGGCGUAUCCAUGGGCGGGGCCACGACGUUGCGGUUCGCGCUCAAGUAUCCAGAUAAGCUAGGGCGCUUCGUCGCGUGCGAUUUCAACGCAGCGUCUAGCCCCGCGAACACGGACGCGUGGAAGCAGCGCAUCGCUAUCGCCGAGACGCCUCUUGAAGACGGUACCCCUGGUAUCCAAAAACUGUCAAAGCAGACCGUCGAGCGCUGGUUCCACCCUGCUACGAUGGAGAAGCAAGAAACCGUGCGUUGGGUAGAGAAUAUAGUUUCCAAGAACAAUCUCGAGGGCUUUAGGUACGGGUGCCAGGCGCUCUGGGACUACGAUAUGAAAUCCCAGAUGAGAGAGUGCCAGGUCCCGGCGCUACUAGUCGUUGGCGAGGGCGACGGAAAGGGGGCGCUGGUCAAGGCCAUGGACGGCUUCAAGAGCCUUCUCGGAAAGAAUGGUGCCGAGCUAGCCGUCGUACCAGAGGCAGGCCAUCUUCCCAUGUGUGAGAAUCCAGAAGCUUUUUGGAAAGCCGUGGAGGGGUUCUUGUGAGGAUCUAGACUGCUCUAUAGCUAUUUCGGUAAUGGGGUCGUGACAAAACGCCAAGCUGGGUUACCAACUUGAAAUCAUAGCUCUACGUCUAUCCAGCGGGAUGUCAGCUGUUGCGGUAGCUAUGAAUAGCUCCUAAUCUAAGUAGAUCUCUUUGACCUAUGGCAUCGAAAGAUAUACCUUAUCGUGGGAUGAGCCGACCGUAGGUAUCUACAGAAAAGGGUUGUUAGUAGCUAAGAGCGAUACAUAUACCACGUAACCAUACGACAUAGAAGUUACUUGACCAGAGUGUUCAUAUAAUUCCACGAAUGGCAUGUUCUAUCAUACUCGCUUACUUAGCAGUUAUAGCUAUGAAAACAUAGCAAGAUCUGAUAUCUGCGCAUCAUCCUAUCUUGUCAUGUAUUCAUUGUUCUUUUUCCUAUCCA